AUGCCUCGCAAUGACAGCAAUGAAGAGGUUGGGUCCCAAGGCAGCCCUCGCCUCAGCCGAACUGAAAGCCGCUUGCAACGCUUCAUCAGUGAGAUCGACGAGGAGGAUGCGAGAUCACGAUACCUCGAGGAGGAAGCAGACAAUAAUGUUAUCCAACCCAGUCACGGGUCGAUCUCGUCCGGCAGCGGCGAGCGGAGCAUCGUUGCUUUUAAGCCCAAGGACCCAGAGAAUCCAUAUAACUGGUCUACGAGGAAGAAGGCUUUUAUCGUAUUCACCACUAUGACUACUGUUAUCAACUCGACUAUGGGCAGCGCGCUUCCCAGCAACGCCAUUCCAUAUUUCACCAAGGAAUGGAAGGUCACCUCUCAGAUUCAGGAAGUACUGCCUAUUGCUAUCUUCCUUGUUGGGUACAUCUUCGGUCCAAUAUUAUGGGCCCCACUGUCCGAACAGUACGGUCGGCGGUGGCUUGUCAUCGGGACCUUCGUCAUGUUCUGUACGUGGACAUUGGCUUGUGCCCUGGCCCCAAACUGGCCAGCCUUCCUCGUCUUCAGGCUCUUCGUGGGUACAUUCGCCAGCGCGCCCAUUGCGAUAGUAGCAGGCAUCAUGGCAGAUAUAUACGGCGAACACCGGACGAGGGGACGCGCAAUGGCGGUUUUCAUGGCAACAACCGUCUUUGGCCCGCUCUUUGCCCCUAUCAUUUCCGGCUUCUCCUCGCCCAGCAUCGGAUGGCGCUGGAGCUUCUGGAUCGGUCUCAUUUAUGCGGGCAUGUCGAUGAUCCCCCUGAUUUUCCUUCCCGAGACCUACGGCCCCGUACUCCUCCUCAGGCGGGCCCAGCGAAUCCGCAAGCAGGACCCCAAGGCAAACGUCGUCGCACCGCACGAGCUCGAGAGUACAGACCUGCGCCAGCUCGCCGUACGUGUCCUGACCAGACCGGUCCGCAUGCUCUUCUUCGAGCUGAUCGUCUCCGCCACAUGUUUGUACCUCGCGCUCUGUUACGGCAUAUUCUACAUGACCUUCCAGGCCUAUCCUAUCAUUUAUCAGGACUUGUACGGGCUCUCGCCUGGUGUUGAGGGGCUUUGCUUCCUCACAAUUGGCGCUGGUGCGCUGUGCGCGCUUCCUGUGUUCUUCGGUUGGGAUGCAUACCUCAAGAAAGCACAAGACCAGGGAAGGCCUUGGACAAAGAAGGAAGAGUAUCGACGAGUCCCAUUGGCGUGCCUCGGCGGCCCGCUGUUUGUCAUCAGCCUGUUCUGGCUCGGCUGGUCGAGCAGGGAAGGAGUCCCAUUCUGGGUGCCCAUGUUGGCAGGUAUACCCUUUGGCAUGGGCUUUCAGCUUAUCUUCAUGGCUCUGCUGAACUACCUGACCGACGCAUACGAGAUCUUCGCCGCUUCCGCAAACGCUGCUGCCUCCUGUACAAGGUCCGUCCUCGGCACCGUCUUGCCAUUCGCAUGCACGCCGAUGUUUCGGCGUCUCGGCAUCCCAGGCGCAUGCUCCCUGCUUGGAGGGCUCAGCUGCCUCGUCUGCGUCAUUCCUUUCGUCUUCAUAUGGAAAGGAGAGAGGAUACGUGCUGGCUCGAGGUUCUGCAUCGUACUGAGGGAGAGGAAAGAGGAGAUGGCGCGACGAGUCGAAGAGCAAAGGUGUAGGGAUGAGACUGCUGAUGAAGGCGAGAAUAGAAAUAGGACUGGUAUUUUUGAACAGGAAAGCAAGGAAGAGGUCUAG